AUGGCGCCAAUGCCCAUGCCCCCGUUCAUGCCCAUGAUGCCAGAUCUCGCUCCUAUGCAGUUCCCUCCGUCUCCAGUGAUGGGUGGGUAUGAGCCGCCAUACUGGAACAUGGGGCCAGGAUAUCCAAUGUCGCCGGUGCAGGGAAGCUUCGACACGAACCACUAUCACAAGUCUCCGCCUACCCCAGGCUCGCACGCUGGGGGGUGCAAAUACCGAGGAAUCAUUCUGGAGAAUCUGAAUGCCUCUACUCAACGCGCCGACCUGGAGAACCUCCUCCAAACAGCCGGAACCGUCGAGCAGAGUCACGUAACAAAGAACCAAGGCCAAGCGCAGGGUCUGGCUACCAUGCAAACGGUUGAGGAGGCACAGCGCGCAGCAUACAUGUUCAACAACAUUGUCUUCAUGGGCUCUCAGAUUCGCGCAACGGUCGACCGACGGGAGAGUUUCGACAGUUCGGAUGCUGAUUCGGAUUUUGGAAAAGAGAGUUGGAGUGGGACUUUCACCCCAGUCAAGGCUGGUCAUGUUGAUACUUGCAAGCCACUUGUGGUGGAUGGUUCGGGCCUUGCGAGUCGGUUGGAGAUGUUGUCUACUUCUGCGCCGACAUAG